CUUCCUCCGUUUAAGACCCGGGCCGGCGGGGCGAGCGGAGGAGAAGCGGCCGCUCCGCAGCUGCCGGCCCCACUUCCGCGGCGGGGCGCGCAGCGCGCAGGGCGGGCGCUGGAUGCGGGGGGAGGCGGGCGGCAGCCGAGCGGGUCCCCGCGCAGCGACGCGGAGCGCGGCGCGAUGAGCGCGGGCAGCGGGGCCGCCGCCGCGGCCGGCACCGCCACCUCCGCCCUCUGCCUGCUCCUCUCGCUCACCGCCGUGGCCGUCUGCCUGCUGCUGGGCGCCAAGACGGCGGAGCUGCAGGGCCGGCUGGCCGCGCUGGAGGAGCGGGGCGCCGCCGGCACCGGGCCGCUGCUGGACGCGCUGCAGCCCCGCGUGGAGCGGAUCUUCCGCGAGAAACUGGGUGAAGGACUGGCAAAACUGCGGACGGCGAGGGAGGCUCCCUCAGACUGCACGUGCCCCCCAGUACCUCCACAGCCUUUCCGCUCCGGAGCCUUAACUCCAAAUUUCCUGGCUGCUGGAUGA